AUGCUUUGGACACCCGAGCCUGGUACACAGACUACAUUGACCAUCUUGGUCAUCGUCUUUCUAGUCCUCAACUACAUCGGCGUGGGUCUACGUGUUUUCGUGCGCGUUGUCAUCAACAAAUCAUUCAGUUACGAUGAUUGGGCCAUGUUAGCUAGUCUGGCUGGGUAUAGCGGGAUGUGCGCGACUCUACUAUCGGCAAUGAUUUAUGGAUUUGGUGCGAAGAACCCACAACCUUGGUACGAUCUGAUCAAGGCGGCACAGUCUAUGUUUGCAUUCCAGCUCGUGUACGUAGUAGCAGCAUAUCUGUGCAAAGUCAGCGUUGCCUUGGUGUUACUGCGUAUCUCCGGUACCGAGAAAAGGAGUCCUAUUCGCUUGGUUCUCAUUGGGUCGAUUAUCGUCGUCACCAUCUUCUCAGUCGCGACUUUCCUUGCCCUCGCUCUUCAAUGCCGGCCUGUAACUCUCAAUUGGGGUAUUGGCAAAGGCGAGUGCGUUGCACCGCAUGUUAUUACGGACAUUGCCUACGCCUUUUCAGCUUCCGAUAUUGCAAGCAACUGGCUCUACGCAACUUUACCGAUUGUGAUGCUCUGGAAUGUAAAGCUUACACUCCGAGUUAAGCUCUCUGUCAUUUUCCUUCUAGGGUUCUCGUUCACAAGCAGCAUUGCCACACUCGUACGCCUCAAGUACGUCGUCGAUCUUGGCUCACUAGGCUCGACCGAUCCUGGUCUGCCUUUAAGGCUCUUGGAUUCGAUUAUCUGGUAA